CUCCUCCGCCCCCCUUGGUGUCUGUGGCUACGGCCCGGGGCUGGACGUGGGGCUGCGGGCCCGGCGGCGAGCUAGAGGGUGUUGGCCGCGGACAGUGCUCCGCAGGCCGCGCCCGAUUCGGCGCUGCUGCUGCCGCCGCCGUCCAGCGCCCUCGGCUAGUCCGCGGAGAGAGGCCAGAGCGGUUCCAGGCCGCCCGGCGCUCGCCCAGAUUCGUUAAGAUGACACACUAUAAAAGGGACUUCUGAAGAUAAGGAGAAGGAAAAACACAACAUUGCAGGGAUUCUGCCCUACACAGAUUCCAGCUUUCACAGGUUGUACUGUAUUUACUUGAGAUCUUUGAGUCAUUUACUUGGUUUAUUAAGGAAGAGUUGCUGUCGAGUUGGCUCCAGCUCAUGGUGACCUUAUGUAUAACGGUGGAGCGUGGUCCAGCCCCGCGUCAUCUCCAGUCAUUGGCCUUUGGAUGUUGCUCUGAAGAAAGUUCAGUAAUGGAUCAGAGGAAGAAUGACAGUAUUGUCCCUAGUAUCACUCAACUAGAAGAUUUUCUUACAGAACACAAUUCCAAUGUUGUUUGGCUUCUCGUUGCUACUAUUUUGUCCUGUGGAUGGAUUAUUUAUCUCACCUAUUAUAACUCUCGAAAUGUUGGUCUUAUUUUAACAUUGGUUCUUAACAGAUUAUACAAACAUGGCUAUAUCCAUAUUGGCUCCUUCUCUUUCUCUGUUCUUUCUGGAAAAGUCAUGGUUCGUGAAAUUUAUUACAUUACAGAAGACAUGUCGAUUAGAAUUCAAGAUGGAUUUGUCAUUUUUCGUUGGUGGAAAAUGUAUAACCCAAAGCAGAAACAACAUGAUCCAAAGGCAGAAACCAGAUUAUAUAUUACAGUCAAUGACUUUGAAUUUCAUGUCUACAAUCGUUCUGAUCUUUAUGGACGCCUUCAAGAAUUGUUUGGUUUGGAACCAACAAUAAUUCCGCCCAAAAAAGAAGAUGAUAAAACACGGGAUAACGGGAGAACAAGAACCCAGUCCAAAAUUGAAAGAGUUAAAGUAAAAACAGAAUCUCAAGACCCCACAGCUUCAUGGAGAUCACUUAUUCCAGUCAUAAAGGUCAAUGUGAGCACAGGGCGUUUGGCCUUUGGAAAUCAUUACCAACCUCAAACUCUAUGCAUCAACUUUGAUGAUGCUUUCUUAACUUAUACUACAAAACCACCUUCAAGUCAUCUUGACCAAUUUAUGCAUAUUGUAAAAGGAAAACUUGAAAAUGUUCGAGUCAUGCUUGUUCCUAGUCCAAGAUAUGUCGGUCUUCAAAAUGAUGAACCACCAAGAUUAAUGGGAGAAGGUUUUGUGGUGAUGCAGUCAAAUGAUGUUGACAUCUACUACUACAUGGACGAGCCAGGACUUGUUCCAGAAGAAACAGAAGAAAAUAUCGAAGGAGAAAUGAACAGUGAGGAUUGCAAAUUGCAAGACUUGCCUCCAUGUUGGGGACUGGAUAUAGUUUGUGGUAAAGGAACAGAUUUCAACUAUGGACCAUGGGCUGAUAGGCAGAGAGAUUGUUUGUGGAAGUUUUUCUUUCCACCUGAUUAUCAAGUUCUGAAAGUUUCUGAAAUUGCACAGCCUGGGAGACCAAGACAGAUCCUUGCUUUUGAACUACGGAUGAACAUUAUUGCAGAUGCUACAAUUGACUUGCUGUUUACUAAAAAUAGGGAAACAAAUGCCGUACAUGUAAAUGUAGGAGCUGGUUCAUAUUUAGAAAUUAAUAUUCCAAUGACAGUUGCGGAAAAUGGUUACACCCCUGCAAUUAAAGGACAACUCUUACAUGUUGAUGCCACUACCAGCAUGCAAUACCGGACCCUUUUAGAAGCAGAAAUGUUAGCGUUCCACAUCAAUGCCAGUUACCCCCGAAUAUGGAACAUGCCGCAGACAUGGCAGUGUGAACUAGAGGUUUAUAAAGCCACCUACCACUUCAUCUUUGCACAGAAGAACUUCUUUACAGAUUUAAUUCAAGACUGGUCUAGUGAUAGUGCUCCGGACAUUUUUUCAUUUGUUCCAUAUACAUGGAAUUUUAAAAUCAUGUUUCAUCAGUUUGAAAUGAUUUGGGCUGCUAAUCAACACAAUUGGAUUGACUGUUCAACCAAACAGCAGGAAAAUGUUUAUUUGGCAGCCUGUGGAGAAACACUGAACAUUGAUUUCUCUUUGCCAUUUACGGACUUUGUGCCAGCUACAUGUAAUACCAAGUUCUCUCUAAAAGGAGAAGAUGUUGAUCUUCAUUUGUUUCUACCAGAUUGCCACCCCAGUAAAUAUUCAUUAUUUAUGCUGGUAAAGAAUUGCCACUCAAGUAAAAUGACUCAUGAUACUGGUAUUCCUGCUGAGUGUCAAAGUGGCCAGAAAACAGUUAAACCAAAAUGGCGGAAUAUUACUCAAGAAAAGGCUGGUUGGGUUGAAUGCUGGACUGUCCCAAGUGUGCUGUUGACAAUUGAUUAUACAUGGCAUCCAGUUUAUCCACAAAAAGCAGAUGAACAGCUAAAACAAUCAUUGUCAGAAAUGGAAGAAACAAUGCUAUCUGUACUAAGGCCAUCCCAGAAAACGACAGACAGAGCUGUUUGUUCUCCCUCUGCUUCUUCACGCCCACCUAUUGAUCCCUCAGAACUUCCACCUGAUAAACUUCAUGUAGAAAUGGAACUUUCCCCAGAUUCCCAGAUAACUCUCUAUGGACCCCUAUUAAAUGCCUUUCUGUGUAUAAAGGAAAAUUACUUUGGGGAAGAUGAUAUGUAUAUGGAUUUUGAAGAGGUUAUUUCUAGUCCUGUUCUGUCACUAUCAACAUCAUCCAGCUCUGGGUGGACUGCUGUUGGAAUGGAAAAUGACAAAAAGGAAAAUGAAAGUUCAGCCAAGUCAAUUCAUCCGCUUUCUUUGCGUCCUUGGGAUAUUACUGUACUUGUUAAUUUGUACAAAGUUCAUGGGCGUCUUCCUGUGCAUGGGACUACUGAUGGCCCUGAGUGUCCUACAGCUUUCUUGGAAAGACUGUGUUUUGAAAUGAAAAAAGGAUUUAGGGAGACCAUGCUGCAGCUUGUCCUGUCACCCCUGAAUGUAUUUGUCAGUGAUAACUAUCAGCAGCGACCUUCUGUGGAUGAAGUACUCAGGGAAGGUCACAUCAGUUUGUCAGGUCUGCAGCUGAGAGCACAUGCUAUGUUCUCAGCAGAAGGUCUUCCUUUAGGAAGUGAUUCCUUAGAAUAUGCCUGGCUAAUUGACGUGCAGGCUGGAAGCCUUACAGCUAAGGUCACAGCACCACAGCUGGCAAGCCUCUUGGAGUGGGGACAGACAUUUGUUUUUCAUGUGGUAUGUCGGGAAUAUGAACUGGAAAGACCAAAAUCAGUAAUAAUAUGUCAGCAUGGAAUUGAUCGUCGGUUCUGUGAAUCCAAGUUGAGUUGUGUUUCUGGGCCUUGUCCAACUUCAGAUGAUUUGAAAUACACAAUGACUCGUUUAGCAGUAGAUGGAGGUGAUAUUUAUGUUGUGGAGCAUGGCUGUGCUACAAAUAUAAAGAUGGGUGCAAUUCGGGUUGCAAACUGUAAUCUGCACAAUCAGUCGGUUGGGGAAGGAAUAAGUGCUGCAAUUCAGGAUUUUCAAGUGAGACAGUACAUCGAGCAAUUAAACAAUUGCAGAGUCGGACUUCAGCCUGCAGUGCUGCGGAGGGCCUAUUGGCUUGAAGCUGGGUCAGCCAAUUUAGGACUUAUUACUGUCGACAUUGCAUUAGCUGCUGAUCAUCAUUCUAAACAUGAGGCUCAAAGACAUUUCUUAGAAAUUCAUGAUGCCAGAACUAAGAGGUUAUGGUUUUUGUGGCCAGAUGAUACUCUGAAGAAUAAGAGGUGUAGGAACAAGUGUGGUUGCCUUGGUGGCUGCAGAUUCUUUGGUGGCACAAUCACUGGCCUCGAUUUCUUCAGACUUGAAGAGUUGACACCUUCCAGUAGCUCUGCAUUUUCAAGUACAAGUGCCGAGUCUGAUAUGUGUUAUGGACAGUCUCUGCUUCAGCCUGGAGAAUGGAUUAUUACUAAAGAAAUUCCUAAAAUUAUAGAUGGUCAUGUGAAUGGCAUGAAAAAGAAAGAAUGGGAAAAUAAGUCAGUGGGAAUAGAAGCAGAGAGAAAAACUCAGCACCUUAGUCUUCAAGUACCAUUACGAUCUCAUAGCUCAUCCUCUUCCUCAGAAGAGAACAGUAGCUGUAGUGCCGUGCAGCCUUUACUGGCCAGUGAAAAGGAAAGUCCUUCUUCUGUUGCUGAUGACCAUUUGGUUCAAAAAGAGUUCUUACAUGGUACGAAAAGAGAUGAUGGCCAAGGAAGUAUUCCUACAGAAGUUUCAGGAAACAGCCCUGUGUCUCCUAAUCCUCAGGAUAAGUCAGUAGGUCAGUCUCCUCUUAGAUCUCCCUUGAAACGGCAAGCCUCUGUAUGUUCCACCCGACUUGGAAGCACCAAGAGUCUUACUGCUGCUUUUUAUGGUGACAAACAGCCUGUUACAGUUGGAGUCCAAUUUAGUAGUGACGUCUCCCGCAGUGAUGAGAAUGUACUAGACUCACCGAAGCAAAGAAGAAGUUUUGGUUCAUUCCCAUACACACCAUCAGCAGACUCUAAUUCAUUUCAUCAAUAUCGAUCAAUGGAUUCCAGCAUGUCGAUGGCUGAUAGUGAAGCCUACUUUUCUGCAGCCGAAGAAUUUGAGCCCAUUAGCAGUGAUGAAGGCCCAGGAACUUAUCCAGGCAGAAAAAAGAAGAAAAAGCAGACCCAGCAGAUUGACUACAGUAGGGGUUCCAUAUAUCACAGUGUAGAAGGACCACUUACUGGCCAUGGAGAAAGCAGUCAGGAUUCCCGAACUCUGCCGUUCAAAACUCACCCUUCGCAGGCGUCAUUUGUUUCUGCAUUAGGUGGAGAGGAUGACAUUAUAGAACAUCUGUAUGUUGUAGAAGGUGAGAAAACGGUAGAAAGUGAACAGAUUACUUCUCAGCAACCCAUGAUGAGUUGUUAUCAGACUUACCUUACUCAGUUCCAGGUAAUUAAUUGGUCAGUUAAGCACCCAACCAACAAAAGAACCUCUAAAUCCUCCUUGCACCGUCCCCUCGAUCUGGAUACACCAACCAGUGAAGAAAGUUCAUCAUCAUGUGAACAGCUUGCUGUUCCAACUUUUAAGGUUAUCAAACAGGGGCUCACAGCUAAUUCUUUGCUAGACAGAGGAAUGCAACUUUCAGGAUCAACUUCAAAUACACCAUAUACUCCUCUGGAAAAGAAAGCCGUUGAUAAUACAGAUGAUGAAACAUUAACCGAGGAAUGGACCCUGGAUCAGCCAGUCUUCCAGACCAGGACAACAGCCAUAGUUGAAGUUAAAGGAACUGUGGAUAUUGUUCUUACUCCCCUGGUGGCUGAAGCUUUAGACAGAUACAUUGAAGCAAUGGUUCAUUGUGCUAGUAACUGGCAUCCAGCUGCAAUUGUAGACGAUCUUCAUGCUAAAGUCCUCAGGGAAGCUGUCCAAAAUAGCAAGACUACCUUCUCAGAAAAUUUAUCUUCCAAACAAGAUGUUAGAGGAACAAAAACAGAGCACCCAACUUUAGGAACUACUAACCAAGGACAAGCACAGACAAAUCUUACAAUGAAGCAAGAUAAUGUGACAAUUAAAGGUCUUCAGGCUAAUGUUAGCAUACCAAAGGUAAAUUUAUGUUUGUUACAAGCCUCAGUGGAAGAAUCUCCAGCUACAGCUCCUAGUAGAAGUGUGACUCACGUUUCCCUAGUAGCAUUGUGUUUUGAUAGAAUUGCUACACAAGUUCGUAUGAACAGAGGUGUGGUUGAAGAGACUUCAAACAGUGCAGAACCUGGUAGAACGUCAAAUUUCGAUAGGUAUGCCCACGCUACUAAGAUGCAGCCUCAGUCAUCUGGCUCUCUCAGAUCGAAUGCUGGAGCGGAAAAAGGCAAAGAAAUUGCGGCCAAGUUAAACAUUCAUCGAGUUCAUGGUCAACUGAGGGGUCUUGAUACAACAGACAUUGGUACCUGUGCCAUCACUGCUAUUCCUUUUGAGAAGUCCAAAGUUUUGUUUACCCUUGAAGAGUUGGAUGAGUUUACUUUUGUGGAUGAAACUGAUCAUCAGGCUGUUCCAGAUGUAACUCGAAUAGGUCCCAGCCAAGAAAAAUGGGGUUGGAUAAUGUUUGAAUGUGGACUUGAAAGUCUAACCAUAAAAGGAGGAAGACAGUCUGGUGCUGUUUUAUAUAAUACAUUUGGAAUUAUGGGUAAAGCUAAUGUCACAGAAAGGGGUGGAGUGCUGACAUCCAAUAAUUCUUCUGAUUCUCCAACUGGCAGUGGCUAUAAUACUGAUGUCUCCGAUGAUAAUCUUCCUUGUGACCGAACAAGUCCUUCCUCAGACGUAAAUGGAAAUUCUGUUUCGGAUGAACAAGAUGAAGGAGUGGAAUCUGAUGACUUGAAAAAAGAUCUACCUCUAAUGCCUCCACCUCCAGAUUCAUGUAGCAUGAAGUUGACCAUCAAAGAAAUUUGGUUUAGUUUUGCAGCUCCCACUAAUGUGAGAUCUCCUGCACAUGCAUUUUCUAGGCAGCUGAACCUUUUAAGCACUGCAACCCCUGCCGUUGGUGCAUGGCUUGUUCCUAUUGAUCAACUCAAGUCAUCCUUAAACAAGUUAGAAACUGAGGGAACCUUGAGAAUUUGUGCUGUUAUGGGAUGCAUAAUGACAGAAGCAUUAGAGAAUAAAAGUGUACAUUUUCCACUAAGAAGUAAAUACAAUAGACUUACAAAACUUGCCCGCUUUCUCCAAGAAAAUCCUUCGUGUUUACUAUGCAAUAUACUACAUCACUACCUGCAGCAGGCCAAUUACUCCAUCAUUGACGAUGCUACAAUGAGUGAUGGACUUCCUGCUUUGGUAACUUUAAAGAAAGGCUUAGUUGCACUGGCAAGGCAAUGGAUGAAGUUUAUUGUGGUGACACCAGCCUUUAAAGGAGUUAGCUUACACAGACCAGCUCAGCCUCUGAAACCUCAAACGGCUGUGCACCACGAACAUGAAGAUGGACUUGGGCUCGACAAUGGGGGUGGUCUGCAAAGUGAUACCAGUGCUGACGGAGCAGAAUUUGAGUUUGAUGCAGCCACAGUCAGUGAACAUACAAUGCUACUAGAAGGAACAGCUAACCGACCCCCACCUGGUGGCUCUGGACCUGUAACUGGAGCUGAGAUAAUGAGAAAACUUUCUAAGACUCAUACCCAUAGUGACUCUGCAUUAAAAAUUAAGGGCAUUCACCCAUAUCAUUCUCUGAGCUAUACCAGUGGUGACACUGCCACAGAUUCUCCGGUGCAUGUUGGACGUUCGGGGAUGCCACUAAAGGAGAGUCCAAGGAAGGAGAGUCUACUCAGCUACCUGACUGGAAGCUUCCCAAGCUUACACAAUCUCUUGGAAGGGACUCCCCAGAGAAGUAGUACAGCUGUGAAAAGUAGCUCUCUAACGAGAACAGGAAAUACAGUGGCCACUGAUAUGUUAUCUGAACAUCCUUUGCUAUCUGAACCAUCAUCUGUGAGCUUCUAUAAUUGGAUGUCAAAUGCUGUGGGUAAUCGAGGAAGUGUGGUACAAGAAUCUCCUGUUACAAAGUCGGGCCACAAUAGUCUUCCAACAGGUGUUGCACCCAAUCUUCCUACAAUACCCUCAGCCUCAGAUUUCAACACUGUCUUGUCUAGUGACCAGAAUACUUUGGAUGGGACACAUUCUCAGCAUAGCACUAGUCAGGAUGAUGUGGCAGGUGUAGAGGAAGCAAACCAGGGGUUUCCUGCUGUUCAGCUUGCUGAUGCACAGGUUGUUUUCAAACCUCUUCUGAGUCAUACAGGGAUCCAGUCACAGGAUGCAAUGCCACUCUGCUACCGAAUGUACUUUGGGGAACACCUUUCAUUUUCAGGGACUUUGGACUGCCUCAGAGCAGAUAUUGUGGAUUCAGACACAGCCAAAGAGAGAAAAGGCAAAAGAGCAAGAAGGCAGGGCCAUGUAAAUCUUCCUCCACUUGAGUUCAAACCAGCAUUAAUGUUGGAAACCUUUAGCAUCAGUGCUGUUGUAAUGGAAAAGUCAGUGUGCACCCCUCAGAACUCUACCAGCGCUCUUUCUUUUCAUGAUCUCAACAAGCGUUAUUACAGUACCUUCCACUGCAACUUUACUAUUUCCUGUCAGUCAAUAAGCCAGCAUGUAGAUAUGGCUUUGGUUCGUCUUAUUCAUCAGUUUAGUACAAUGAUAGAUGACAUCAAAGCGACUCAGACUGAUAUUAAACUCAGCAGAUAUACAGCUGGAUCAGCUUCCCCAACACCUACGUUCAAAACUAGAAAACACCGUGAUUUUCGCUCAUCUGACUUCAGUCGCAGUUCUAGAGGAAGUCUGAAUGGUGGCAGUAGAGUAAAUAAUGCAAAGAACAAAAGGACCAACAAUGAGAAUAACAAAAAGGAAUCACGAAACAAAAAUUCAUUAGGAAGAUCUGAAAGAAGAACUUCAAAAGUGUCUAGGAAAGGCUCAAAGGAUGUGGUGGAUCACAUGACUAUCCAUAUGGAUGACUCAGAUUCAAUUACUGUGUCAGAGCAAAGUGAGCCUUCAGCCGAGUGCUGGCAGAACAUGUAUAAGUUGCUUAACUUCUACUCACUUAUCUCUGACCCAACAGGAAUAUUGGAAAAAUCUUCAGAAACAUUUGGGCCAGCAGGUGUUCGGAGUCCUGUAGAACCAACAUGUAAAGUCGUUUUUGAGAAUGAGCAAGACAACAACAGUUUGACUAAGCCACAGAGGAAACGUAGCUUGGUUACUUCUGAACCUCAGCAUGUUACUCUGAUAGUGUUUGGCAUUGGCAUGGUGAAUCGCACACACCUGGAGGCAGACAUUGGUGGGCUAACAAUGGAAUCGGAACUGAAGAGAAUCCAUGGCAGUUUCACCCUUAAGGAAAAAAUGAAAGAUGUUUUACAUCAAAAGAUGACCGAGACAUGUGCCACUGCUCACAUUGGUGGGGUUAAUAUUGUGCUGCUUGAAGGGAUUACACCAAAUAUACAACUGGAGGAUUUUCCUACAUCUCCUACAAGCACAGCCAAACAAGAGUUUCUAACUGUAGUGAAAUGUAGUAUUGCCAAGUCCCAAGCCCUCUACAGUGCCCAGAGAGGGUUGAAGACAAACAAUGCUGCUGUUUUCAAAGUAGGAGCUAUCAGCAUCAACAUUCCUCAGCAUCCUGCCACGUUACAUAGCAUGAUGGUUCGAAGUUCUCACCAACUAUCUAAACAGAUCUCAGACCUCAUCAGACAACCUUCUACAGCCCCACAGCCUGUAAAAGAAGAUAUUGCAACCCCUCUACCUUCUGAAAAAACCCCAACGAGUGUUAAUCAAACUCCAGUUGAAACAAACGAAUUUCCUCAGCUCCCUGAAGGCUUAGAAAAGAAGCCUGUUGUUCUGAAGUUCAGCGCCAUGUUAGAUGGUAUAGCCAUUGGGGCAGCACUUCUACCGUCUCUGAAAGCAGAGUACAAGAUGGGAAGAAUGCGAAGUCACGGAAUGACAGGUGCACAGACAAGGUUUACAUUUGAGCUUCCAAAUCACAGAUUGCGUUUUACUUCAAAAGUUUCUGCCACAGAUAUGUCAACCAUUCCUCCUUCUGCCAGUCUUAACCUUCCUCCUGUUACUAUGUCAGGGAAAUACAUAAUGGAAGAACAUGACAGUUACUCAGAUCAGGUGUGGAGUAUAGAUGAACUGCCUUCUAAGCAAGGGUACUAUUUACAGGGAAAUUAUCUACGUUGUGUUGCGGAAGUUGGUUCCUUUGAACAUAAUCUCACAACUGAUCUUCUAAACCACUUGGUAUUUGUACAGAAGGUGUUCAUGAAGGAAGUUAAUGAAGUAAUACAAAAAGUUUCUGGUGGGGAACAGCCAAUUCCUCUGUGGAAUGAACAUGAUGGAACAGCAGAUGGAGAUAAACCUAAAAUUCUCCUCUAUUCACUGAACUUGCAGUUUAAGGGUAUUCAAGUGACAGCCACAACACCGUCAAUGAGAGCUGUGAGGUUUGAAACUGGCUUGAUUGAACUGGAAUUGUCAAACCGACUUCAAACCAAAGCUUCACCAGGAAGUAGCAGCUAUCUGAAACUAUUUGGUAAAUGUCAGGUGGAUUUAAAUCUAGCUUUAGGGCAAAUUGUCAAACAUCAGGUUUAUGAGGAAGCUGGUUCUGAUUUUCAUCAAGUUGCGUAUUUUAAAACCAGAAUUGGAUUAAGAAAUGCCCUCCGAGAAGAAAUCAGUGGUUCUUCAGAUAGGGAAGCUGUGCUUAUUACUUUGAAUAGACCAAUUGUUUAUGCACAGCCCGUAGCCUUUGAUAGAGCUGUGCUGUUUUGGCUGAAUUAUAAGGCUGCCUAUGACAACUGGAAUGAACAACGCAUGGCCUUACAUAAGGAUAUUCAUAUGGCAACAAAGGAAGUAGUGGAUAUGCUGCCUGGUAUCCAGCAAACAUCAGCCCAGGCCUUUGGGACUCUCUUCCUCCAGCUCACUGUGAAUGAUCUGGGAAUUUGCCUGCCUAUCACAAAUACUGCACAGUCUAAUCACACUGGAGACCUUGACACUGGUUCUGCUUUAGUUUUGACCAUUGAAAGUACUCUCAUCACUGCUUGCUCUUCAGAGUCCCUGGUUAGUAAAGGGCAUUUCAAAAACUUCUGUAUCCGUUUUGCGGAUGGCUUUGAGACAUCGUGGGAUGACUGGAAACCAGAAAUUCGUGGGGAUCUAGUGAUGAAUGCCUGUGUAGUUCCAGAUGGUACCUAUGAAGUAUGUUCAAGGACAACAGGACAAGCAGCAGCUGAAAGUAGUAGUGCUGGAACCUGGACACUCAAUGUAUUGUGGAAGAUGUGUGGGAUUGAUGUCCACAUGGAUCCCAAUAUUGGCAAAAGACUUAAUGCUCUGGGCAACACCCUUACAACACUGACGGGAGAGGAGGACAUAGAUGACAUUGCUGACCUAAAUUCAGUGAACAUAGCUGACCUCUCAGAUGAGGAUGAAGUUGAUACUAUGUCUCCCACUAUCCAUACUGAAGCUGUAGAUUAUCGAAGACAAGGAGCAUCUGGCAGCCAGCCAGGAGAACUUAGAGGAAGAAAAAUUGUGAAGCGUAUAGUAGAUAUCAGAGAACUGAAUGAACAGGCCAAAGUAAUAGAUGAUCUCAAAAAACUGGGUGCGAGUGAAGGCACCAUAAACCAGGAAAUUCAGCGUUAUCAACAGCUAGAGUCUGUUGCUGUGAAUGACAUUCGAAGAGAUGUCCGUAAAAAGUUACGGAGAUCCAGUAUGCGAGCUGCUUCCCUAAAGGAUAAGUGGGGCUUGGGUUACAAACCAAGUUACAGCCGAUCUAAAACCAUUUCUGCUUCGGGAAGACCACCUCUUAAGCGAAUGGAAAGGGCAAGUUCUCGAGUAGGAGAAACUGAGGAACUCCCAGAAAUCCGUGUGGAUGCAGCAUCUCCUGGGCCCAGAGUAACUUUCAAUAUCCAGGAUACAUUGAAAAAUACAGUAUGGGGAAGUACACCACAAUCCAGCUGUCCUGGGGAAGGGUAUUUUCAGUUUCCAGAAGAGACAGAACUGGACCUUUUGUCAGUAACCAUUGAUGGUCCGUGCCAUUACUCAUCUAAUAGUGAAGGAUCCUGUUCCGUGUUCAGUUCUCCCAAGACUCCAGGAGGCUUUUCUUUCCAACAUGAAGAGGGCCGACGGGAUGACAGUUUGUCUUCUACCAGCGAAGAUUCUGAGAAGGAUGAAAAGGAAGAAGACCACGAGCGGGAAAGGUUUUAUAUUUACAGAAAACCCUCACAUACAUCUCGUAAAAAAGCAACAGGCUUUGCUGCUGUUCAUCAGCUAUUUACUGAACGCUGGCCAACAACACCAGUCAGCCGAAGUCUUGGUGGCACAGCUACAGAGAGAAAUAUUGACUUUGAACUUGAUAUACGGGUUGAAAUUGAUAGUGGAAAAUGCGUACUCCACCCAACCACCCUUCUACAAGAACAUGAUGAUAUAAGCUUGAGAAGGAGUUAUGAUCGAAGUUCCAGGAGCUUGGAUCAAGAUUCUCCUUCUAAAAAGAAGAAGUUUCAAACUAAUUAUGCUUCUACCACCCAUUUAAUGACUGGCAAAAAAGUGCCGUCAUCUCUACAGACAAAGCCAAGUGACAUGGAAACAACAGUAUUUUACAUUCCUGGAGUUGAUGUAAAGUUGCAUUACAAUUCCAAGACUCUGAAGACCGAAUCACCUAAUGCAUCCAGAGGAUCCUCCUUGCCAAGAACACUCUCUAAAGAAUCCAAGCUGUAUGGUAUGAAAGAUAGUGCAACAUCUCCUCCUUCUCCUCCUUUACCUUGCACUGUCCACAGCAAGACUAACACCUUACUUCCUCCCCAACCCCCACCUAUUCCCUCAGCCAAAGGAAAAGGAAGUGGAGGAGUAAAAACAGCCAAGUUAUAUGCCUGGGUAGCACUUCAGUCAUUGCCAGAAGAAAUGGUUAUUAGUCCCUGCCUGUUAGACUUUCUGGAAAAGGCUCUGGAAACUAUUCCAAUUACACCAAUUGAAAGGAAUUAUACAGCUGUCAGCUCACAAGAUGAAGAUAUGGGACAUUUUGAAAUACCAGAUCCCAUGGAAGAAUCAACAACAUCAUUAGUAUCGUCUUCAACAUCUUCUUACUCUUCCUUUCCUGUAGAUGUUGUGGUUUAUGUUCGAGUUCAGCCCUCACAGAUCAAGUUUAGCUGUUUGCCAGUAUCAAGAGUGGAAUGCAUGCUGAAGCUGCCAUCCCUCGACUUGGUGUUUUCUUCAAACCGAGGAGAACUAGAGACUUUAGGGACUGUAUAUCCUGCCGAGACUUUAUCCCCUGGAAGUAACAUUCCUCAGAGUGGAACAAAGACCUCGGCAAACAAAACUGGAAUACCAGGUUCAUCAGGAUUAGGCAGCCCUCUUGGCAGAAGUCGACAUAGUAGUAGUCAGUCAGAUCUGACCAGUUCCAGCAGCAGUUCCUCUGGCUUGAGCUUCACUGCAUGCAUGUCUGACUUUUCCCUUUAUGUAUUUCAUCCAUAUGGAGCAGGGAAACAAAAAACUGCCAUUUCUGGACUCACACCUGUAUCAGGAGGAUUAGGGAAUGUGGAUGAGGAACCCACUUCAGUCACUGGUCGGAAAGACUCCCUCAGUAUUAACCUUGAAUUUGUAAAAGUGAGUUUGUCUCGGAUAAGACGUUCAGGAGGUGCGUCAUUUUUUGAAAGUCAGUCUGUAAGCAAGUCUGCAAGCAAAAUGGACACUACAUUAAUAAAUAUAUCAGCUGUUUGUGAUAUAGGGUCUGCCUCGUUUAAAUAUGACAUGCGCCGACUCAGUGAAAUUCUGGCAUUUCCGAGAGCCUGGUAUAGGAGAAGUAUUGCAAGACGCCUUUUCCUUGGAGACCAAACUAUAAAUUUGCCAACAUCUGGCCCAGGGACACCUGAUUCCAUUGAAGGGGUGAGCCAGCACCUUUCCCCUGAAUCGUCAAGAAAAGCUUACUGCAGGACCUGGGAGCAGCCCAGUCAGUCAGCCUCCUUCACCCACAUGCCUCAGUCACCUAAUGUGUUCAAUGAGCAUGUAACAAACAGCACCAUGUCACCAGGGACGGCAGCACACAGCCUAAAAUCCCCAGCUUCCAUAAGAUCAAGGAGCGUGUCUGAUUCUUCAGUUCCCCUUAGAGAUUCACUUUCAAAAACAUCAACUCCUUUUAACAAAUCAAACAAAGCAGCAAGCCAACAAGGGACCCCGUGGGAAACACUUGUCGUGUUUGCUAUCAACUUGAAGCAAUUAAACGUUCAAAUGAAUAUGAGUAAUGUAAUGGGAAAUACAACUUGGACAACUAGUGGUUUGAAGAGCCAAGGCCGCCUGUCAGUAGGAAGUAAUCGAGAUCGAGAGAUUAGCAUGUCUGUGGGUCUGGGAAGAUCACAGUUAGAUUCUAAAGGAGGCGUAGUUGGAGGGACCAUCGAUGUCAAUGCUUUGGAGAUGGUUGCUCACAUCUCUGAACAUCCAAAUCAGCAACCCAGUCACAAAAUUCAGAUUACUAUGGGUUCUACUGAAGCUCGAGUUGAUUACAUGGGCUCAAGUAUCCUUAUGGGGAUCUUCAGUAAUGCCGAUCUUAAGCUUCAGGAUGAAUGGAAAGUAAACCUGUAUAAUGCAUUGGAUUCAAGCAUGACUGAUAAAAGUGAAAUUUUUGUCCAUGGAGAUUUGAAGUGGGAUAUUUUCCAAGUAAUGAUAUCAAGAUCAACCACACCAGACCUGAUAAAAAUAGGAAUGAAGCUCCAGGAAUUUUUCACACAGCAGUUUGACACCAGCAAACGAGCCCUGUCUACCUGGGGACCAGUUCCUUACCUUCCACCUAAAACAGUGACUAACAACCUAGAGAAAAGUUCACAAGAACAAUUGCUUGAUGCAGCUCAUCAUCGUCAUUGGCCCGGAGUAUUGAAGGUGGUAUCAGGAUGCCACAUAUCCUUAUUUCAGAUUCCAUUACCAGAAGAUGGAAUGCAGUUUGGAGGGUCAAUGAGCUUACAUGGAAAUCAUAUGACACUGGCUUGUUUUCACGGUCCAAAUUUCCGUUCAAAAUCCUGGGCCCUUUUUCAUUUAGAAGAACCAAAUAUUGCUUUUUGGACUGAAGCUCAGAAAAUCUGGGAAGAUGGUGCCAGUGAUCAUUCUACAUAUAUUGUACAAACAUUGGAUUUUCAUCUGGGUCAUAAUACCAUGGUUACCAAACCAUGCGGUGCUUUGGAAAGUCCCAUGGCAACUAUAACUAAGAUAACACGGCGUCGCCAUGAAAAUCCACCCCACGGAGUAGCAAGCGUGAAAGAAUGGUUCAAUUAUGUUACAGCCACGAGGAAUGAAGAGCUAAACCUACUUCGUAAUGUCGAUGCUAAUAACACUGAAAGUAGCACCACUGUGAAAAAUUCUAGUUUGUUAAGUGGAUUCAGAGGAGGUUCUAGCUACAAUCAUGAAACUGAAACUAUCUUUGCGUUACCGAGGAUGCAGCUUGACUUUAAAUCCAUUCAUGUUCAAGAACCACAAGAACCUUCAUUACAGGACGCCAGUCUGAAGCCAAAGGUAGAAUGUAGUGUGGUGACAGAGUUUACAGACCACAUUUGUGUGACUAUGGAUGCUGAGCUCAUCAUGUUUCUUCAUGAUUUAGUGUCAGCUUAUUUAAAAGAAAAAGAAAAAGGUGAGUAGCAUAUUCUCCUCCCCUCUUCCCCCACCCCAAGCUGCAGGAAAGGCAGCUGUCUGUACCAUUUAGAUGAAUUUUUCUGGUCUAGGGAUAAAAUGGGUGGAAUGUGUCUCCUUCUUCUAUGAGUGUAACACGUGGCAUCUAGAACCACUCUUAGGUAAGGAGUGGGCAUAUAUAUAUUGUACCUCAUAUCCUAUGGGAUUACUAUGACAAAAAAAAAUUAUGAAUAAGGUAGCAGGUUAAAUAUGGUUUACCAAAAAAAAUACCUUUAAAGUUUAGCCACUUAUCUGCUAUUUUCUGCUUUUUCUCCCCCCUUGCUUUUGGAAGUGCUUCUAGGUGAGGCAAAAGGAUAGCUUCACUGCAUUACAUCCUGUCAGUUAAUCAGUAAAAUAUGGGAAUAAUCCCCUUCCACAGAUAGACAGCAUAUUAUUUGUAUGACUGCGUAACAGAUUUACUGAGUAUCUGCUAGGUACACUUCAUUUUUCUCAUGACUGUACCUUUCACUGAAUAAUGUUUUAUUCUUUACAAAGUGUUUCCAUAUACAUUAUCUUACGUACAUUUUCAGUAGUGCCUUUAAGGAGAUUUUUAACAAAGUAGAAAAAGAAAACCCCUUUGGGGGAAAUACUACAAAUCUAGAUGAAAAAAGAAAUAACUACACGGUAAAGUGGCAUGAGUUACAUACAUAACUGAAAGGGGAUACUGAAUUGAAUAAGAUGAUUAAUCUGUUUGGAAUGCAGGACAUUUUGUUUUAAAAAAUAUUUUAUUUAGACCUCAGUGCUGGUGUUUUGUUUUUAUGAGCUGCCUGACAUUGAGUUACUGAAAACUCAGAUGCUUGCCCUUUAAAAACAUGUGGUGACCCUAAUGUCUAUAAGGAAUUGGUUGAAUAUAUACGCUAUGGUGUAACCAUUGAAUGGAAUACUCUGUAGUGUUUAAAAGAAUGAGGUAGUUUGAAGUGCAGUGAUAUGGAAUGUUCUCCAAAGUAUAUGACCAUUUAUCUAUUCAAUAAAUAUUUAUUGCAUACCUCAUAUGAAUAUACAGAUGGGAUCUUUAAAAAUUGCUUAGAAUAAAUGUAAUUUGUUAAUACUAAAACAAAAAAACCAUUGCCGUUGAGUGGUUUCCGACUGAUAGCGACCCCGCAGGACAAAGUA